GACAGAGACGUCAGUUUCCAGAGACCGGUGGGUGUUUGGAGGAGAGGGUAACAUCAUGGCGUCAGGAACAGGAGAGCAGUCCUCUGGACACGAUGCAGAAUUGGACGAAUUAUUGGACAGUGCUUUGGAUGACUUUGACAAGACCGCCGCCCCUCCAGCCCCUGAACCUGCUGCUGCUUCAUCCUCAGCCAGUGGUCCAGAGAAGCCACCUAUGCUCGAAGACUGCAAGCUCUUCGAGACUCUCUUUGAGGGGGACAUGGCUUCCCAAGCAAAAGAGGAGUGGGAGAAGGCCAUGACAGAGCUGGCCAGUGAGGAGCCAGAGUUGCUGCAGCACUUUAAUAAACUGUCAGAAGCAGCCGGCAAAGUUGGCACUGACACCGCCUCCCAACAAGAAUUCACUUCCUGUCUUAAAGAAACCCUUCGUGGCCUGGCCAAAAAUGCAGAUAACCUGCAGACAUCCGGACUAGCAGGAGACGACCUUGUUAAGGCGCUUGAAGGCCUGGGAUUGGAAGAGGGUGGAGAAGGAGGCGGUGACGACGGAAACAUCCUGCCCAUCAUGCAGACCAUCAUGCAGAAUCUGCUCUCUAAGGAAGUGCUUUAUCCGUCUCUCAAAGAGAUCACUGCUAAGUACCCAGAAUGGUUGGACGCCAACAAGCCAAGCCUCAGCCCGGAGGACUACCAGCGCUAUGAGCAGCAGGCCAAAAUCAUGGGUGAGAUCUGUCUUCAAUUCGAGAAGGAGGAGAGCGGGGCAUCAGAUAAAGAAGGCACGUUUGAGGGCAUCAUGGACCUCAUGCAAAAGCUGCAGGACCUGGGCCAACCACCCAAAGAGCUGGCAGGUGAUGCGCCUCCAGGCUUUAACUUUGACAUGGAGUCCCUCAAUCUCCCAGGAGUCUCUGGAGCUGGGGCGGCAGAGCAGUGCUCCAUCAUGUGAUCAGGUGGCGGUGCCGUCAACCAGAAGUACUUGAGCCAGAGUCACUCUGUGUGCGUCAGCGAGAGGCCGGGAUCGAAGGAUUGUGAAGCAAAAGGUCAGGCAGGAGUGUGACCUGACCGUCAAAACGGUUCCCUCUAAAGUGUGUGAAUGCAGAAACAACAAUAGGAGGAGGAGGCACCAAAACCAACAGGAACCACACGCAUAAACACACUCUCCUGUCUUAAAUCACUGAACGCACAACUCAGAACAUUUCACAUUUCUGCAUCAGUUUCCCGCAAGUCAUUAACAGCAUUCCUUUAAAAAGAAAAUCGCACUGGCGUUGUUCAUGCUGUUUUUACAAUACUGUCUAACCUCAUGGUAAAAUCUAUCAAAACACUUCACAGGUAAAAACGGUGCCUUUUGCAAAAUUACUUUAAAUGAUUACUUUAGGUCUAUCAUUCACCCAAUCCCUUAAUAGUUUUAAAAUGAUGGGAAUUUUUGCAAAUAGUUUACAUCAACGUAGUUUUUGAUACUUCAUUAAACACACACCUCUGAUCCAGGCUGUGGAGGAUGUCCCUUGACGAGUGAAAUACUUAUUAACAUGUUAGGAAACUGGAACAAAAGGAGUGUACAUUUGAUAAUUAUUUAUAUAAUUAAAAGAUAACGAAAGAUUAAAGCGCUUACUGUAAUUCAGCCAACUAAAUUUGAAGAGAGCCAUUCCCCACACGUUUUAACCCCCAUUCCCAGGAAUUUAUUUGAAGUGAUGAGAUGAUGAUUCCCCUAUGCCUUUUGCUGUGACUACAGUGAUCAUUAUAGCAGUAGAGUUACUGUACUCCCCCUUGUGAUUCCCGGUAUUUAUAAUGUGCAGAGUGAUGUUUUCUCUGGUAUGGGAUCCUUGCUAGGAAAGAUUAAACAAAUGAGGGGAGUGUUUACCACCGGAAAGCGUACACUUACCCAGCACCAUACGGUUAAAGUACAUCAUGUACUUUCAGGAAAAGAAGACAGGCUGAGUGCUUAGCAUAACCUUAUGUGACGCAAGGAUAAAACCAUGGCUGUAAUUCAUUCAAAUGCAAUGUGGGUUAAACAUCAACAGCCUGUUUACAUGUUGGCUGUGCUUGGUGGGUUUGUUUAACCUCACAGCCACUUUUCACCAGCACAGAGAGAGGUCUAGAAAUCACACGACCAUCAGCUCAUCAAUAACUGUAUAAUAAAGGGGUGCUGUGAAAGGAUUCAGCCAGCCAUGCACUGAAAAGAGAUCUGAAAUACGUCAAACAGAGCGGCGGGGAGGCUGCUGUGGAGGUCCGUAAUGGGGGGUGCAAUCUAUUUAACUCUCAGGGCCGAUACAAACAAGCCCCGAUCACCGUUAAAAAAUGCAUCCUGUUAUUUGACGCUGUUUUGUUUUGUACAUAUAUGAAAUAAAAUAAUAGUAUAAUGCAA